AUGGCUGGCGCCGUAUCUGCUGGUGUCCCUGUAGAGGAUCCCAAUCGCGAGAACGGAUACAACCGGUCCGCUUGCACCGAGUGUCAGCGACGGAAGCAAAAGUGCAACCGCGAAUGGCCAUGCGAUCGGUGUCAACGGCGCAAGAUAGCCGAUGAGUGCCGUUAUAAUUGCUUCAACCCCACGGCGGACACACCAGCCCACGACUUGACCGAAAAACUCAAGCGAACGCACGAUGAUUACGCUGACCGAGGCACUACUCAAGUCGACGAGGAAGAUGGCUCUGGCUUCGAUGCAUUGACGACUCGUCUGUACGCCACGUUGGGUAUCGAUCAUGGAGUGCUCCGAAGCAAGAUUUUGUCGAUGCAGACUCGUUUCCCCAAAUGCGCCGGGUGUUGCAGCUCCUUCCUCGGCGACAAUCCAUGGGCAAGUCCUUCCAUUUUCAGCGGCCUUUCGGAUGACAUUCUGAUGCAACAUUUCCUCGGCGAAAUCAAUUAUCACUACUACAUCAUAUACCCGCCCAUCUUCCUGCAGGACUAUCACAUCUGGUGGGACAGACAGUCCCAAAGUCGACCACUGUCACUCCAAUUUACAUGUCUACUGGCUAUCGUUUGCGCAUGUGCUCUACAGCAUGUUGAAAACGCCACUGAAAAGGCCCUCGAAAGAGAGCUGGGAGACACCAUGGACGUUGUGUCUGAUCGUCUCCAUGCAGCCAUGAGAGAACUCGCCAGUGUCAUUCCUGUUGGACACUAUCACUUCCUCAAUGUCCAGCGGCUCUUACAUUCUUGUUACUGGUACAAGGCGGAAGCCAAGUUUCUUGAGGCAUGGCACGUUUUGAGUGCUGCCAUUUUGGAGGCCAACGAAUUGGGCUAUCACAAAGAUCCCGCACCUGGAACCGUCAGUGAAUUUGACCUAGAGAUGCGUAGAAGAUUAUGGUGUAUCUUGGAUACUUGGGACUGGCAAAUAUCUUCUGGUCUGUCCAGACCCAAGAUAAUACAUCGAGCCGACUGCGAUGCAGAACUUCCCGAGUUGACGCUGGAGGGCCAUACCGUGUCUCCCCUGCAACAUAUGAAGAUGCAGUCUCGUCUGACCCGCCAAUUAGCAUCACGGUUUAGCGCGCCCAAGAACGUCAUUUUGCCACAAGAAGUUCUAGAGUACAAAGCUAUCAUUGAGAAAUGGGUCGACGAGUUCCCACCUGAAUACGCGUUUGAGAAUCCAGACACAAGCAAGGACGAAAAAUGUUCCUGGUUAUUUGCACACCGAUUUUAUGUCUACACCAUGGCAUGCCUCUUAAUUCUAAACCCAAUUAGGCAUUAUAUGGUAAAACAGUACACAUGGAACUCUGACCCCAACGAGCUCAACAUUCGGUCCGUCGGUGUCUGGUAUAGUCUCAAAUUGAUGAAGACUCUGCGCCGAUGGGUUGACAAGAUCUACAAUAGAGACGGCCGCUUACAUUUCAUCAUUUUCUCAAUUUUCGACACCGCUGCCAUCCUCUGUACCGCAGUACUUAAAGACAUGGAACAUACCAUAUCCAAUCGAGCUGAUGUCUUGGCAUCUAUCGGCGACGCCGUCGACAUGCUCAAGAAACUGAACACAAUCUCGAAAACUUCCAAAACCUCCUACGAUAUACUUGAAAGACUAGUAAGAAGAUUGCCUGAAGCUGUCCCCCGCAGAGACCUCGAACAUCAGGUAAAGCGCACCAAGUUGAACACGAGACCGCCACCACCACCUGGCUCUGCGCGGCACGGAGGGCCUUUAAUCCCCCCCGCGUCUACAUCCGCUGGGCCUCCCCCUUUAGCAUCGACAGCUGUGACAAAUCGGGCUGAGAAGCCCAUUGCGGAAACCAUAUGUGCCGUCCCAACUGUUCCCAUGCCAAACUCCAUGGAAGCGCCAUUGUCUUCUCAAUUUGCACCACAUACAAUGGCAACGCAAAGUGACGACUACAAUCACGACAGCAAUUCCGACUAUGAAAACCAGGCCAUGCUACGGGACGCCAGCUGCAUGGCAGUCGCUGACUCGGGAACUUUGAUUUCAGAUCCGAACCAUUUCACGGGCGGAUCACGAGCGUCAGAGAGGUGGGAAGCCAACACUGAGACUCUACCUCCGCCGAUGGAUGAAAAUACAAGGCCCUCAUUUGACACAAUAGAUGCUGCUACGGCACUAGAAGACGGUCUUUAUCAACAACAAAUCGUGGAUGCGGGCCAAGAAUUUAACAUCGAAAAUUUGACAACUGCGCAAAUGGGAGAACUAGCUCCCCUUUGGACUUGGCACUCCGGAAACUUGGACUUUGCAAACAUGCCCCGGCCAACACCAGGGCCGAAUGGGUAUUCGAGGCCAAUGUAA